AUGUGGCGGAAGAUCAUCACUUUGGCGCUGUGCUGCGCGUCUCUGCAGCGCGUCUCUGCCCCGCCCGCGCCGCUGCCAGACAUCGAGGUGGACGGCGGACUGGACCGCGACAUCUUUGAUAUCAAUGAAGAUGCGGGGUUGGACCUCUUCGAGGGAGACAUCGUGAUUGAUACGACGCAGCAGCGCAACUCCAUCAUCGGGGAGGAGUACAGGUGGCCCACCACCGUCCCGUACGUGCUGGAGGAUGACCUGGAGAUAAAUGCCAAAGGCGUGGUUCUGAAGGCCUUUGAGCAAUACCGACUGAAAACCUGCAUCGACUUCAAGCCCUGGACUGGAGAGAAGAACUACAUCUCUGUCUUUAAAGGAAGCGGCUGCUUCUCUUCCGUGGGAAACCGCCAUGUUGGGAAGCAGAGGCUGUCGAUUGGGGCAAACUGCGACCGGAUCGCCACCAUUGAGCACGAGUUCCUCCACGCGCUGGGCUUCUGGCACGAGCAGUCCCGGUCGGACCGAGACGACUACGUGAAGAUCAUGUGGGACCGAAUAUCCGCUGGUAAAGAACACAACUUUAACGUGUACGACGACACCACAUCCAGCGCCCUGGGCGUGCCCUACGACUACGGCUCCAUGAUGCACUACAGCAAAAACGCCUUCCGCAACGGCACCGAGCCGACCAUCGUCACCAACAUCCCGGCCUUCAGCGACGUCAUCGGCCAGCGGAUGGAGUUCAGCGACAGCGACCUGCUCAAGCUCAGCCGCCUCUACAACUGCACUCAAGGCUCCACUUUCCUGGACUCAUGUGACUUUGAACGUGAGAACAUCUGCGGGAUGAUCCAGGGCCAAGGAGACCAGGCGGACUGGCUCCGGGUUUCCAAGGCGGCUGGGGGGCCACUCACAGACUACUCCAAUUUGGGCAAAUGCACUGGCUCUGGAUACUUCAUGCAUUUCAACACCGGAACUGCGAAAGUUGGGGACGACGCCCUUCUUGAGAGCAGGUUUCUUUACCCCAAAAGAGGCUUCCAGUGUCUGCAGUUCUUCUACUACAACAGCGCCGGACCCAGUGACUCACUGAAGAUCUACGUGCGGGAGUUCGACAAAGCUCACCCCAACGGAACACUGCGUUUUAUCAAAGAAAUUGACGGAUCCCCUGAGGAUCUAUGGCAACUCCACCAUGUCAGCCUCGACGCCAAAACCAAGUUCCGCGUCGUCUUCCAAGGGACAAAAGAGGGUUCUGGUCCCUCAGCGGGCGGGUUGUCCCUUGACGACAUAAACCUGUCUGAGACAACGUGUCCAGAAUUCAUGUGGCGAGUGAAAAACUUCAGCAACGUGAUGGAGAACACACCCAUGGACGAAGCCAUCUACAGUCCGCUGUUCACCUCCAAGGAGGGCUACACCUUUCAGAUGAAGUUGUACCCCAGCGGCAAGGACGGAUACCCCGGAGAACUGUCCGCCUAUGCCAGUCUAGUCGCCCGCGAGGGCGACACCGGGCAAACCUGGCCAUGUCCGUGGAAACAAAUGACCAUGACGCUGAUGGACCAGCACCCACAUAUACAAAAACGUAUGUCCAACCAGCGCAGCGUCACCACCGACCCCUCCAAGAAGUCAGACUCCGGCGACUUUUUCUGGGACGAUCCUCAAAAGGUAGGCACAGAGGUCACAGCGCCUGAUGGUUCAAAGUAUUUCAGAGGACCAGGCUCGGGCACGGCCCUGUUCCUCACGCACCUCAGAGCCAGAAGCAGGGACUUCAUCAAGGGAGGGGACGCCAUCUUUCUCCUGACCAUGGAGGAUGUCUCCCAUCUAACGGCGACCCAGCCACCGCCUGUCACCGGGCAGAGUACCACCACACCAAGUCCCACCGAGCCGAGUGCCGCCAUGUCAACCACCACAGACAUUUGCAAUUUGAAAUGUCUCAAUGACGGCCUGUGUGUGCUGGACGGUUCCAAGCCUGUGUGCAGGUGCAAGGUGGGCGACGACUGGUGGUUUUACGGGGACCGGUGUCAGAGCCGGGGAACAGUGGAGGACAAAACUACCCUGGCGCUGGCUUCCUCUCUGUCCGUGCUGGCGGCCAUGACUAUAAUCACGAUCGUCACGGCUGUUUGUCUGAAGAAGAAGUACAAGAAAAGGAACUUUGGCAGCCAGAACUUCGUCAUGACGAACGCGUACGCUGGCGAGAAGCUGUAAAUGUUGCUGUGGAAGAGCUCCCUCUAGUGGUGAAGAGGGCCAAACGCAUGUAAAUUAAAAA